AUGCAAGAUCUAUCUCAGUUUUAUCAACAAGUCAUUCGUCAACCAGAACUUCAGAUGAUUUUACAAGGUGGUGGACAAUAUGGUAUUGGUGAAAUAACUAUAUUUGCACCUACCAACGAUGCCAUGGCAAGACUGAGUAGUAAAAGUGAAGAUCCUAGUAUUCUUUGGAAAUAUCAUAUUGUUCCUGGUCGCUACACUGAUCAAGUGCUAUUUAAUAUGGCAACAGAUAAAUUUAAUCAAGCAGCACCAAGACAAUUAGCCGAUCAGAGACCACAAAAUAAUUUACCAACAAUGGCAUUACCAUUUCAAGUAUUUUAUGGUAAUGGAUUUUACGGUGGUUCAGGUCCCUAUUUGGAUAAUUUUACAAAUUUUGGCUAUGGCUCCGGUGGAAUUAGUUGGUUAACGCAUUCGGCGUUCAAUCAAUCAAACGUGAAUAAUUAUCCAAACUCUCGGUACAAUAGUCCUCAAGCGGGCGGUUGGAAUAAUCAAAUAAAUUAUAAUCAAAAUUAUGUUGUUGCACAAGGUUCGAGUGCAUCGAAUAAUCCAAAUUUAUUUCCUCCAAAUUUAACAAAUUAUUAUACAAAUAUUUUUAAUCCAAAUACAAACAGUCAGUUACAAAAUGGUUAUGUGGGUGGUGGACCGACAGUGAAUCAAAAUUAUAAUAACAUGAAUGUAAACUACAAUCAAAUGAUGCAAGGAGGAAUCGGAGUUCAAAAACCUACGAUCAAUAAUGCGUUUAUUCUUCAAACGCGAAUAAUGAGCCGUGGAGUAAUUAACGUUAUUGAUGCUAUUCUAUGGCCACCUGAACGUCGUGAUCAAACUCAAUAUAAAACAGCCUAUGAUAUUCUAGAAGAUAAUUCGUUUUCUCAAUUACGACAAUUAGCUGCACGUAAUGAUUAUCUACGAGCUGAAUUACGUUCACAAUAUCAUCAAACGUGGUUUUUGCCUACAGAUCAAGCAUUUCAAACUAGUGGCAGUAGUUUAAGUUAUUUUUUUGAUCCAGCAUUUAUGAACACGACACAAGACGUUGUUGACUUUUUGAAAGCUCAUACGGUACCAUUGGUUGUAUUUCCGAGUGACAUGGAUAGUACAAAACAAUUAAUGACAUUAAACAGUGGAAAAUGGGUGACAUUUCGUAAAGUACAACAACCAGAUACCACAUUUCAGAUUGAUGUGGUAGCUACUCGUCAAAUAGCUCGUAUUCUAACAUCACGUCCAGAAGAUAUCAAGUUUUAUGGUAAUGGACUCGUUUUCCCCAUAAACAACAUUUUAAGUGGUCCAGCCCGAUCAGCAGCGGAUGAACUAGCAAGAAGCUACCAAUAUUUCAUGGCACUUGUUCAACAGUCUGGGGAUACAGAAUUAUUAAAUUUGCUUCAAGGUUCAACAGUUGGUUUAGGAAAUAAUCCAAAUUACUUUAAUCCAUUUAAUCAAUUGAAUAUCACUGUACUCAUACCUCAACAAAUGUCUGUUAGUCAAUUGGGCAAUUCACAAGAGCUUUCAACGAAUUUACGUCGUCACAUAUUAAGGCUACCGGUUUACACCGAUCAAAUGCCAUCGAAUGCUCAAUCAGGUCAAUUUUAUAAUCAAAUGCAACAGCCAUUUCAAAAUCCUCCAUUUCGAUCAGGUCAACUUCCAAAUAGGCAACAAUAUCAACCAAGGAGGAAACGACGGCAACUACAAGUCAAUCCAAACAUCAAUCCCCAAUUUCAACAGCCUGGUUUUCUACCUCAACAAGGACAACAACAAGGAUUUAUUCAAAACCCAUCGCAAGGUUAUCCACAAAUUCCAGUCCAAGGCGGUCAAGAGUUAUUUCAGCAACAGCCAAAUAAUCUUCCUCAAGGAUCACAACAACUACCGCCAGUUCAAUUUCCGGUGAAUGCUGGAAAUCCCUAUCAGCAAUCUCCCAUGUAUCAGUCUUAUGCAAUAUUUCAAGAUGGACAAACGUAUCAGACAUAUGAUCAGAGUUUUACCAUUCAAGCUCAAGUUAGUUAUGGUCCAAAUGGAAAUGUUGUAACAUUAAUUGGACGACCGGCAAAUUCGCCUCCUUUUCAAGCAACCAUUCUCAAUUCAGAAUCAAAUAUACCAAUUCGAAAUGGUGUAAUGCAUGUCAUUAGAGGGCUAUUAUCGGGUGUUGUUAUUCCUUUAGACGCUGUUUUAAACCAGUUACAAGGAGCAAGUUUAUUUAACCAAUUUUUACAACAAACAAAUAUUAUUAAUGAAUUAAAAAAUUCUGGAAGAUCUUAUACAUUGUUCAUACCAACUAAUGCAGCUCUAGCACAAAUUGGUGUCACAACAAAUACAAACAAAUUGAGACAAUUUGUUCAACGACACAUAUGUGCUGAUACUUUACUUGAUCCGUUAACAAACAAUAUCGCAAGAAGAUCUGGCGGAUUUUACAGCCAACAGCGAUCACAAGUCAAACCUGCAGUGCCUGCAGUGAUGAUGCAACGGCAACAGGCAAAAGGGGAAAUGCAACGUCCACAACAAACUCCACAAGCAUCACAAACAGCUCUAAGACCACGGCGUCAUGCUAUUCAUAUUAGAAAACGGAAACGACGACAAGAUCAUUCAUGGUUUCAGGAUUUACAGGGUGGUCAAAACUGGGGUGACAAACCUCAAGCGAAUGCACAAGCAGGUUUCAUUCCUCAAGUAAGAAAUACAAGUUAUCAACAAUCUAGCGGUGGACGAACUUCUGACCUUGGUCCUGGUUAUUUCCAACCGGAGCAACAGGUAUAUGGUGGUUAUCCAGCUGCCCCGUCGCCUUAUGGCGGAAAUAAUCAACUGUACAAUCCAGCUUAUACACUUGGAGGCUACGGCCAACCCAAUUCACAAUAUCCAAGCUAUAAUGGCACUUACUUUGGCAAUUUCAAUUUUAAUUAUUUGAAUAAUCCACCCCAAACUUGGAAUAAUGGUACAGCGAAUAUGCAAUACGAUACGUCAAAUGGAAAUCCAAAUUAUAAUACAGGUGUGGUGAGUGGAACAAAUUAUUACACAGGACAAAGUAACUACAAUACGGGAUAUCAAUCUUACGCUGGUCCGCAAUCUUGUCGAGCUCUCAGUGGUGAUCAGAUAACUGUUCAAAGUUUACAGGGCGCAACACAAUCACAAGGACUAACUAAUCAAGGAAUGGCGUAUCAAAAUUUGACAUUGGCAAUGGCAAAUAUUUCCUCUGGUUUUGCCCAAUUAUUAGUCAUUUUAUUAUUAUUACUAGCAACACCUUUUUUACCAUCAACAAUACGAUCGGCUAUUAGUAAUACAUUCGAUCCUUGA